UUUGUCGUGACGCCACUUCCUGACCGGUAGUUUUGAGGGAAGUUUGGUCCGCAUACAGCUUACACCCUACAGUCUACAACAAACAACGUAAAGAUGCCUCCUAAAGUGAAGGCGGCGGGGAAGGGCAGAGCUCCGGCUAAAAGGAAGCUGGCAGAGGAGUUCCCACCCGGAGAGGUGCUGACAGACACCGGGAAGAAGGCCUGGAAGCUGGGGGCUCCAAUCGGCCAGGGGGGCUUUGGUCUCCUCUAUCUGGCUGAUGAGAAUUCUGCAAAAGCGGUGGGUGAGGAUGCUCGCUAUGUCAUCAAAGUGGAGCCCAGUGACAAUGGACCACUGUUCUCUGAGCUCAAGUUUUACAUGAGAGCUGCUAAGCCUGAUCUGAUUCAGAGCUGGAUGAAGUCUCACAAGUUGAAAUGUCUGGGAGUUCCCAGGUACUGGGGCUCAGGUCUGCACGAGAGAGACGGGAGAAAGUAUAGGUUCAUGGUCAUUGACAGGCUUGGCAUAGACCUGCAGAAGAGGUUUGAAGAAUGUGGAAAGAGGUUCCCCAGGAAACUGGUUCUGCAGCUCGGUCUUCGACUGCUGGAUAUUCUUGAAUAUAUCCAUGAUCAUGAGUAUGUGCAUGCUGACAUUAAGGCAUCCAACCUCAUGCUGAGCCACAGUGAUCCCAACCAGGUUUACUUAGUAGAUUAUGGGCUGGCAUAUAGGUACGCACCCGACAGUGUCCUGAAAGAGUACAAGGAGGACCCCAAGAGAUGUCACGAUGGCACCAUUGAGUUCACAAGCAUCGACGCCCACAAAGGAGCAACUGCAUGCAGACGGAGCGACCUGGAGAUCCUGACCUACUGCAUGGUUCAGUGGCUGUGUGGACGACUGCCCUGGGAGGACAAGCUGCAGGACCCCCUCUACGUCAGAGACUCCAAAAUCAGGAGUCAAGAAAACAUCUCUGAAUUUAUGACCAAGUGUUUCUCCUCUCAAGACAAGCCAGAUGAGAUCCAGAGGUUCAUGGAGGAAGUUAAAUCACUGGGAUACCAAGACAAACCACAAUAUGAGAAGCUGCGCUCCAUCUUGCAGGCUGGACUGAAGGCCAUCCAGGCUAAAGAUGACGGCAAGCUGGAGUUCACUCCUGUCAUUGGAGCUGUAUCACCUCCUGCCAAGAAGACCACCAAGAGAAAGAAAGCAGCAGCUGAAGCUGAAGAGAGCGAGACUGAUGGGAGUCCCGUCAAGAAAAAGAGGGCCACAAAGAAAAGAGAGGUGAAUGGAGUGAAGAAAAGUCCCAAAAAGACUCCUAGACCAAGGAAGGUACUCCUCACUGCGAAACAGGCUGAACCCAAAUCAAGACUGGUGGAUAUGGGGACCCAGACAUCACCCGCACAGAAAUCCAGAGGCAGAACCAAGAAGACCAGCUCUUAAGAAAUCCACCUGUCUCCAUUCCUCCCUCCAUUCUCCUGCCUUUCCUCUGCUUCUUAAAAAAAUCACUUUUUUAAGUUUUAUAUGGUAGGUUUUUUUGUUACACACUGAUAGAUGAUGUUUGAUUGUAUUUGAUGUGAUCGAAGCCAGAUUUUCUGUCUGUUACUGAUAUAUGUUGAGGUUUGUUUGUAUUUGGUGUGCUUGAAGCCAGGUCCAUUGUAAUAAAGAGGAAAUUAAACUGUCCA